CCCAUGAUCCUUGUUACGGCAGUCUGACCACCGGUAAACACUCAUCCUGCCGCUUCUCUUUUCUUCUCCUCGGCCAGAAACCAAUGCGGGUGCCAACUACUGGCGCCGGAAAAGCCACCUCCUCCGCCGCCGCCACCCAAUUAAGCACCAAAUCAGAUGCGGCAUUCGAUUUGACACACCUCGACUUACCCUUCCAACUGAUCAAAUCGGAAACUAUCCCUCCUGCUCCGACCCGAACCGAAUCCGCCAUCGAUUGGUUACCGGACUACCUAGGUCACGCAUGGAUUGCCUACGCAACCUCGUCGCUUCUCGUGAUCUCUCACUUUCCAUCUCCUUCUGAAAACAACGAAAGCCCUGUCGAUCCCUUUUUCCGGCAAGUUAUUGAACUUUCCUCCGACGGCUCCGGGGAUGUCUCUGCGGUUUCAUGGUCUCCGUCUGUGCUGUCGUCUGGAGAAGUAGCAGCCUCUUUGGACAACCGUGUUGGAGUAUUUUCACAUAAUUCAGAAGGUUCUUUUUGUUGGAGCCAGACUGCAAUCCUUGUGCAAGCCACAAACAUCAAGGCCAUUAAAUGGACAGGUUCAGGAGACGGAUUAAUCUCAGUUGGAAUCGACAUUGUCUUAUGGAAAAAGAAAAACCUCUCUUGGGAAAUAUCUUGGAAAUUCACACCCGAGUUCCCUCAAGCUUUACUUUCUGCCACCUCAUCAAUCGAAGGCCCAUUUGCAACUGCACCUCUAAAUAAAGACACCAACAAUUCUGUACUAAUUGGUCAUGGAAAAUCAAAAUGCAUCAAAUCUGAGCUCCAUCAUCAUGUCCCCAUUUCCAUGAUCCAAUGGAGACCUUUAGUAGCAAACCAAUGGAAAAAGAAACCCACAAAUGCCCUCAAGAUGGUUUUGCUAACAUGUUGUGCUGAUGGAACUGUAAGAUUAUGGAGUGAGAUUGAUGAUGGUAAGUCCAGGAAGACAACAGGGAAGGGCAAUAAAGACCAAUCCUCUUUUCGAGUUGCUGCCACAAUUGAGAUAAAUGAAACCCUAAAUGGCAUUCUGGGUUGUGAUGUUUUCAUAAGAUGGGCCACUGAACUUGAUGGUAUUGUUAACAUUGGUAAAAAGGGUACUCAAUAUUUUCCUUCAGAAGAGUAUCACCAUGGUAAAUCUGGGAAAUGUGAUUGGUUAAUUUCUUUUGGUCCUCAAAUGAUGGUGACCUUUUGGGCUAUCCAUUGUAUUGAUGAUUUUUCACCACUUAGAUUCCCACGAGUUACAAUGUGGAAAAAGCAAGAGUUAACAGGUUCCAAAACAGGAACAAGUUUUCUACUAAACAAAUCUUUCAUAUCAAGAAACGGAUUCUUUGGCCCACCAGAUGUAUGCUCUGUAAUUCACUUAUUACCUAAUAAUCAUUUGAAGUGGUUACAAUUUCAUAAACACACAUCAAAUACAACGGAUUCGAUUUUGUCUAUUGCUAAUGGAGCUUUAAACAUAAAUGGUCACACUGGAAAGAUUUUACAAAUUGCAUUGCAUCCUUAUGGAGGUUACCCUGAACUUGCUGUUUCUUUGGAUGCUAAUGGAGUGAUUCUAUUUUGGUCAUUUUUGAGUUCUGGCUUCAAGCUUUCUGGAGAGUUUGUAGCCCAAGAUUCUCAAUGUGAAUACACUAGCUUGAGGUGGGCCCCUUCAUUAAUAGAUGAUCACAGGGUUUUACUAAUGGGACAUUCAAGAGGCAUAGAUUGCUUUUUAGUUGAAGCUUGUGAAAAUGAAGACUUGAUAUCAUGUCAGAAACUAUGUACUAUCCCUUUUGAUUGUGAUGAAAAUGGGCCCACGAGUAUCUUUUCAUUUCCUUUGACUUCUACAUGUAACACCUUUUUGUAUAACAAAUUCAUGGUGUUAGCUAUAUGGAAAGAGAAGGACCACUUCCGUGCAUUAUCAUGGAAAGUUACAAUUCAUCCUUCAGAUACGCCAGGUGGCGAGUGUAAAUACAGUAUUGACUUUGACCGUUGUUCAUCUACAUUUCCAGAUCCAUACGACCAUGAUAACAUUACAAGCUAUUCUGUGGUUAGUAUGUAUAACUUCUCUUCAUCUAAAGAACAGGAGAAAAGUUUUGUUGAUGAAAUGUUUGACAAUUCUGUUGCAUAUCAUAUAAUUACUGGAUCUUUUGAUGGUAGUUUAAAACUAUGGAGAAGUAUGGAUCAAGAAUGGGAAUUAGUAGGUAAAGUUGCUGCUCAUGUGGGCCCAAUUAUGAAAAUAAGUUCAACUGAUUGUGGUAGAAAGAUUGCAACUUUAUCCAACAACAACAGUAACACUCUUUAUAUAUGGGAAUGUGUGUAUCUUGGAGGAACUGGGAGUUUUUUACUUGAAGAUACAAUAAAUCUUGAUGGAGGUGUUGUUGUUGGUUUAGAUUGGUUGACUAUAGGUAAUGGUCAACUUCUGCUUGGAGUUUGCUUGCAGAAUGAAGUGCAUGUGUAUACCAUGAGGCGUUGUGUAAGUUUAGAAAAAUCCAAGGAUGGAAAUAAAAAUAGAAAUAUUUGGUUUUGUGUUGCAAAAAGACAAACUCGCCCUUGUAUCCGUGAUUUUGUUUGGGGACCUAAAGCGACAGGUGUGAUUGUUCAUGAUGACUACUUUUGUCUUUUCAGCCAGUGGUUACUUCCAGAUGGUGGAUCAGAUGGAUGUAUUGGUGUAAGGAGUGUUUUGGAAAUAGCAGAAAAUGUUGGUGGAUCUCUUCCUACUUAUCACCCUGAAGCUCUUUUGGUGAAUAUUUAUUCAGGAAAUUGGAAACGUGCACAAAGUGCACUGAGUCAUCUCUUUGAACAUCUUACAAAUAACAAGGAUUUGAAAACCAACCCUAGAAUCCCACAAAUGAGCUUGUCAGACUAUCUUGAAGGACUAAUUUUGAAAAAUUCAAACAAUAAAGCGUUCAAAUGGAGUGGUGACACAUAUUCAAACACAUCCACAUGGGAUUCUAAUUCCAAUGGUUUUAGCAAUUCAAUCGAUUCCAGUCCUAAAAACUCUGGAUUGAGUGGAUUCACUGAUUCCAUUGAGAAGCUACAUGACCUUUCAGACAUUGAAAAGAUGCAAAUUCUUGCUGUUAUUGAUCUUCUUGAUGAAAUUAGUAAUUCAAACACAUCAUCACCAUAUGAAGGUCUUGACAUACCUGGUAGAAGGUUCUGGAUUGCAGUAAGGUUUCAGCAGCUUUAUUGUGUGAGAAGACUAGGGAGACCACCAUCCAAGGGCGAUUUGGUCAUUAACUCAUCCCUUAUCGCUUGGGCUUUCCAAUCCGAUUGUCAAGAAAGUUUGUUUGAAUCACUUCUGAAUAAUGAAUCAUCAUGGGAUGAAAUGAGAACCAUGGGUGUUGGAUUUUGGUACACAAAUCAAUCACAGUUGAGAGUCAAGAUGGAGAGGCUAGCAAAACAGCAAUUUUUAAAAAACAGGGAUCCAAAAGCUUGUGCACUUCUUUACAUAGCUUUAAACAGGAUACAAGUUUUGGCAGGUCUUUUUAAAAUCAGUAAAGAUGAAAAAGACAAGCCACUGGUGGCAUUUCUUUCACGUAAUUUUCAGGAGGAGAAAAAUAAAGCUGCUGCUUUGAAAAAUGCUUAUGUGUUAAUGGGAAGACAUCAGCUGGAGCUUGCUGUAGCUUUCUUUUUGCUUGGAGGUGAUACUGCUUCUGCUAUUAAUGUAUGUGCAAAAACUCUUAAAGAUGAACAACUUGCUCUUGUGAUUUGUCGUCUUCUUGAAGGGUAUAAUGGUCCAUCAGAACAUUAUAUUACAUCAAAGUUUCUGCUUCCAUCCGCUUAUGAAAAUGGUGACUACUGGAAAUCAAGUUUCCUUGAGUGGAUAUUGGGGAAUUACUAUAAAUCUUAUCUAAGUUUAAUUGGUGACCAAAUGGAUUUCUCAAGCAAUAACUUGGCCUUUAUAGAUCCAAGCAUUGGUCAAUAUUGUCAAAUGUUGACCAACAAAAACCAGAUGAAAAAUGCUAUUGGAGAACAAAAUACCUCAAUUAUUGUCAGAUGGGGUGUCUUAAUGAGCUCUACUGCAUUAAGCAGAUGUGGUUUACCUCUUGAAGCUUUGGAGUGCCUUGCAACUUCUAACAGCAUAUUCAGUGGUUCAACUCAAAGUGCAUUAGAUAAUUCAGAAUCCAAAAUUCUGAAUGAGAGCCUGAAUCCAUCUACAUCUUCUUCAAAUUGGGUAUCUGCUGACGUGGCAUUGCGUAUGCUCUCACAUGCAAAAUACAGUUUUGCAAUGCAAUACAUUUCAAAUAUGUUAACAGAGCAUCCAAGUUGGCCAGAAAAUAUCCAGACUGAAGCUAUUCAGUAUAACACACUGCUUUCUAAUUUUGGAAAGAAGUUAAACACAGGGCUUGCUUAUUUUGAGCAAAAGUAUUCCUUAAAUCGCCAUCAUCUGAUUAACAUGAUUACAGGUUAUUUAUACAACCAGGACCUCAUGUUUAUUGCUUGUGAUAUAUUGCAACAUGACACUUCUGAAGAUAUUUCACACAGAAAUCCAUCUUACCCUUCACUGCCAGCUGUCCUUCUGAAGUCCAUUAAAGAUUUUUCCUAUUUAUUUUCAAGGUAUAUCAUAUUUUGUAGAAUGACUUGCUCUGAGACAAAACCACAUUCCAUUUAUAUGAAGAAUCUCUUGCUGAUGGUGUCAAAGAUAAGAAAUGGGCUGAAAUUGCAAAGCUUUCCACAAUCGCCCUUAUUCGUUCUUGAUUUAUGUGAAUACUACAUAUAUUUCGCAUCCAUUUGGUUCCAAAAAGAUUCUAGAAGUCUCAUUAUUGUUUUGAAACAAAUUCUCCUUACAUAUUCCAAUGAAUCUUCAUCUUCUUCAUCCUAUGCUUCUAACAUGGAAACCUUGAAGAAGAUCCUUCCGGAAAUAGCCAUGUUGGUAUGUCACAAUAAAAUGAAUGUGGGGCCCGAAAGCUAUAAAUGGCAAAUCAUACGCGCUUUUUUGUGGGGACUCAUGUCUGGAUUUCUGAAAUACCAAAUUGAUUCCAUUCCGGAGAAUCUUGAAGAUAAUUACUCAGUGGAAUUGACCAAGUUACUAAAACUGGAAUCAGAGGAUUCCAUAUCUUAUUGUGCAAAAGAGCUUGCGUCAUUUUUACUGCAGAAAGGGAGGGACCAGUCAAACGAGCCCAUAAUAUUUUGGUUAGAAGAUGUGUGUAGGUCAACACCGAUAACCACUUUUCAGAAUCUUGGUCAAGGAGUUGACUUUUCUAGAAUAAUGAGUAACGAAGAUGGAUUAUCAGAUUUUGAACUACUUUGGAAUGUGUUUGAUAAUCAUAGAAUGUUAUGUGGAGAUUUUGUGGUGGAAUAUUCCAAAUGGUCGAAGCUUAUCAAAGAGAAACACUCUAAAGGAUGGAGUGACACGUAUGCAGACAUCAUAGGUGAUCAUGAAGCUUCUGAAAACGAUAAUCAAGAUGGGAUUUCAUCUCCUGUAACGGAAUUCACGAUUCCAUUCCAGAAACCGAAAGAAGUACAGAAAGCAAACGGAGAACUUCUCGAGGCAUUAUGCAUCAAUUCCAUCGAUCAACAGCAAGCUGCAAUCGCUAGCAAUAAGAAGGGGAUUAUAUUUUUUACCUUUGAAGAUGGACGAACUUGCUUUGACAAGUCCAACUACAUCUGGACAGAUGUCGAUUGGCCAACAGACGGGUGGGCAGGAUCCGAAUCCACUCCCGUCCCGACAUGUGUUUCCCCUGGAAUCGGUCUUGGAAGCCGGAAAGGCACACAGCUCGGCUUAGGAGGAGCCACAAUCGGAGUCGGUUUAGCAAAACCCGGAAUCAGAGGGGUAAAUACAUCAAGUCUCGGUUGGGAAAUCCAAGAAGAUUUUGAAGAUUUCAUCGAUCCACCUGCAACUGUAGAUAAUAUCAGAACUAGGGCUUUUUCAAGUCACCCUUCUAGACCUUUCUUCUUAGUCGGUUCAAGCAAUACACAUGUUUACCUUUGGGAGUUUGGUAAAAACACAGCUACAGCUACAUACGGAGUCCUUCCUGCUGCAAAUGUCCCACCACCUUAUGCUCUUGCCUCAAUCUCAGCCGUACAAUUUGAUCACUGUGGGCAAAGAUUUGCUACAGCUGCAUUAGAUGGUACAGUGUGCACGUGGCAGCUUGAGGUUGGAGGAAGAAGCAAUGUUCGUCCUACUGAAUCAUCUCUAUGUUUCAACAACUACACAUCGGAUGUGAUGUAUGUGACUGCAAGUGGAUCGAUUGUUGCUGCAGCAGGUUAUAGCUCAAACAAUGUAAAUGUAGUAAUAUGGGAUACACUUGCUCCACCUACCACAUCUCGCGCUUCCAUCAUGUGUCAUGAAGGUGGUGCGAGAUCUCUUUCUGUCUUUGCUAAUGAUAUAGGAAGUGGAUCUAUUUCUCCACUUAUUGUAACGGGUGGAAAAGGUGGAGAUAUUGGAGUUCAUGAUUUUCGUUACAUAGCAACAGGAAGACAAAAACGGAAUAAAAAUUCUGAUAAUGUUGAACAAAAAUUUAACGCGUCUUCAACUGCUGGAUUACAAAAUAAACAUGGGGACCACAAUCGGAACGGGAUGGUUUGGUACAUACCAAAGGCCCACUCAGGGAGUGUUACUAGAAUAGCAGCGAUUCCAAAUACGAGUUUUUUCUUAAGUGGAAGUAAAGAUGGAGAUGUGAAGCUUUGGGAUGCUAAGAAUGCAAAGUUGGUAUAUCAUUGGCCAAAAUUGCAUGAUAGACAUACGUUUCUUCAACCUACCUCACGAGGCUUUGGAGGGGUAGUUAGGGCUGCUGUGACAGAUAUUCAAGUUGUUUCAAAUGGGUUUCUUUCAUGUGGGGGAGAUGGUUCUGUUAAGUUGAACCAAGAUUCAUUCCAAUUCUUAAUUCCUCCAAAAAGAAAAAAAAGAACGAAGAAGAAGAAGAAACUCAGUACCAGUUUGAUGGCAGCCGCCGCCGCCGAAGCAAGGGCAGUUUGGCAACGAACGGCGAAUCGAUAUUUCGUCCAAGAAGAUGCAAAAAGAGCCCCUAAAUUAGCAUGUCGUCCUUCAACUUCAUCUUCAUCGUCUAAACAAGCUGAAAUAAAACCAGCUAAUAACACUACUACAGAUCGCAAUGAAAGAUUCCUUCUUCCCAACGAAAAAUCUCUGUAUUCCGAGCUCUCACCGGAUUCCAGAUGGUGGCUUCAAUUGCAGACUGAUUAUAUAUACCAAAGGGGUUUGACCAAUUCUCAUCAAUUCGUCGAAAAUCAAGAUGGUAGUAGUAGUAGUAUCAAUUCUCUCUCGAUAGAAUCUUUCGAGUUAGUGGACAUUAACAAGGACUCAAAGUUGCAGCACUGGGUUGGGAUUGAGAAGAACGGCGAAGUAUCGCUUCCAUGGUGGCAGAUCGUCGGAAAAAGAUGA